UUGCAGGGAAUACUAUAAAGAAUGGAUUUGUUAAAAAAGCUGGGAAUGAUGAAAAAGGAGGCGAACAAUGAAUGUAUUCCAUUGAGAACAAAGCUGGAAAAGAUUAAUAAAGUGCAAGAUGCCAUUGGGCCGGAAACCAGCGGAAUAUUCAGACAGGCAUCAUUUGGAACUUGCGACCAACAAUAUAAAUCAUCGUUUUCGUCACUCCAUAAUAUCUUUGCACGCUCUUUGAGCAAUAGGUCGGGUGGCAUCGGAAGUUUAUUCACACGCAAAAUGGCGACCAGUGUAAGUCCUCCGUGUCCGUGGCCGAAUAGUCAAGAUGAUUAUGAAAUUCGGGAUGUUAUUGGGGUUGGAGCCACAGCUGUUGUAUAUUCAGCUCUCUGUAAGCCUCGUAAUGAAAAGUGUGCAAUCAAAAGAAUUAACUUAGAGAAAUGGAACACAUCCAUGGAUGAACUGCUUAAAGAAAUACAGGCUAUGUCCAGUUGCAAUCAUGUUAAUGUGGUCACAUAUUACACAAGUUUUGUUGUCAAUGAUGAGCUGUGGUUGAUUUUGAGGCUUUUGGAAGGUGGCAGUUUGCUCGAUGUUAUAAAACAUAAGAUGAAAGUUACAAAUUGCAAGCAUGGCGUUUUCGAUGAGGCUACAAUUGCCACUGUACUGAAGGAAGUGUUGAAAGGACUGGAAUAUUUCCACAGCAACGGACAGAUUCAUAGGGAUAUAAAAGCGGGUAACAUCUUACUGGGUGAGGAUGGAACUGUGCAAAUAGCUGAUUUCGGUGUGUCCGCCUGGCUGGCUACGGGCAGGGACCUCUCCAGGCAGAAGGUUAGGCACACGUUCGUUGGUACCCCGUGUUGGAUGGCCCCCGAGGUUAUGGAACAGGAUCACGGUUACGAUUUCAAAGCAGAUAUAUGGUCGUUUGGAAUCACCGCAAUAGAAAUGGCGACGGGCACGGCUCCCUACCACAAAUAUCCACCGAUGAAAGUGUUGAUGCUUACCCUUCAAAAUGAUCCACCAAAUUUAGAUACAGGUGCCGAUGAAAAAGAGCAAUAUAAAAUAUACGGGAAGACCUUCCGGAAAAUGAUUGUCGAUUGUCUACAAAAGGAUCCAUCAAAGCGACCAUCCGCAACGGAGCUGUUGAAACACCCUUUCUUCAAGAAGGCCAAAGACAAGAAGUAUUUGACACAGACAUUGGUUGCAAUUGGGCCUAGUAUGGAAACUAGAGUUCACAAGGCGAGCAAGCGGCAGCCGGGCACGUCCGGCCGGCUGCACCGUACGGUGACCGGCGAGUGGGUGUGGAGCGAGGAGGAGGAGGAGGGGGGGGAGGUGGCGGCGGACUCGGACGAGGAGGUCGCCGACAAGAGGCCCAUGAACGAGCUGCUGAGGGACGACUCGAGCGCCAGCGAUAACGAUGAGGAUCAAUUGCCACCGAUAGAAAUGAAGGAACUCCCCGCAACGAUUGAACCACCAACUGAACCACAAACUAUCAAUUUAGUUUUAAGACUAAGGAACGCGCGCCGCGAGCUGAACGACAUACGCUUCGAGUUCAUAACCGGUCGCGACACGAGCGAGGGUAUCGCCGCGGAGCUAGUCGGCGCGGGGCUGGUGGGCGCGGCCGACGCGGCGCCCAUCGCCACCAACCUCGCGCGCCUGCUGAUGCGGCCGGCAGCCAAGACUGUCACCUUCCACCUGAACUCAAUCCCACCUAACGAGCAGUUUGACGAGAAGUCAUUGGUAGGGUUCGCCCAAAUAUCCAUUGUCUCGGAGUGAUGCGACGUCCUGUUGUACGCGCGAUGGUGCUUACCGUAUUCUAUUUUAUUUCGCCAAUUAUGAACAUGUAUUAUUGUAUCUGUUUCGCUUUUUAUGUCGAAAGUUAUUUUUAUUGAUUUUCCCUAUGUUUAUUGCUAUUAAAUGAAUACUUCAUUUGAAUUUAUUGUCAUAUGAAUAAGAGUCAUACUCAAAGGCAAAUAAUGAUGAAAAGGGAAAAUUUGAGAAAUUGAUUCAAAUGUGUAUAGUGAUUUGAUAAUAUUUUCAUCGUCGGAGUACAGUCAGACAUGGAUUCUAUGUUCUGUUAUACUAAGAAUUGUAAUCGUCUGUAAUUGGAUUUUUUUUAUGAUAAGUAUCCUACAUUGUGAAUGUUGUCAUCGUUUAAUUGUUUAGAAUUUGUUAGAAUACACGUUUUUUUUACCGAAAAAGGAGUGAGGAGAUUUGAAGAGUUAAGAGAAUCUAUUUAUUUAUACCAUUAAAUAAAUAGAUUUUCCUAUACAAGCGAAAUAAAUGUAAUAUAUAAUACAUGUUCAAAUUGUCUGUAGUGUUAGUAUGCGGCUGUGCCGUGGCCUCAGAUUGUAGUUACUAUUGCUAGAUGCAAUUUGAUUGCAGGGAAAAUUGUAUACCGUUAUAGCCAUUUGAUUUUAUUCUAAUCAAUUACUUCAUGUAAAAAUACUUUCAAAUUUAGAAAACAACAUGGUUUGGCAAAUUUUACUAGUUCUACCUUUAUUUUAUUUCAUUAAAUUUUUAACUAAGGAAUCCUAAUUGCAUAUUAGAAAUUUAAUUGUUUAAGUCAUGUAUCUCAUCUAAAAUGAGGUGACCAUUCAAAGAGUGGUGGCUAACAAUGCUGCACAUCAAAUUUUAUCCUAGAUAAUAAUUUUGUCUACCAUUAAACUGAGAAUCUCGUAUACUUAGAUUUUUCAGUAUGAAUUUUAGAUAAAAAUGUUUAAUGUAGACUAACUAACUUGUAGUAAAUUAAUGGCUAUAACAAAAAUUCACUAUAGCAUUUCUGUGUUGCGAGUAAUGCGUUAACACGCAGUACGUAUACAUUCCUUUUUGUAAUUUAACUGCGAAUACUACUAAAUAGUGGCGGAUUUACCCAUAAGCCGAGUAUUGAGUAGGAGUUUGUUUUAAUGUCUAAAAGAAGUUAAAUAUUCCCAGACUAAAUGAUGAUGUCUGUAAGUCGUUCACGCAAGAAAAGAAACAAAUUUGAUCUGGAUACAGUUUGAAUAGAGAUAUAAAAAACGUAAUACAUAGUAUAAAGAGUUCGCUUGAUCCAUACAAGCGAAUUGUGAAGAAUUUAUUACGAUACCUAGUUCAAAGCAUUAAUAUUCUUCUGGCAGCCAAUAAUUUCUAAUUCCGUCACUGUUGAAAAAAUCGAAGACCGAAAAAAAAAAACAGUUUCACGUUUAAAACUGGAACGUCGUUAUAUUUAAGCCAAUCGCAUUUAGGCGCGAAGAUACUUCGAUUCUAUUGGCCGAUUGCUUUUGGGUUACUAUUACUGCCAACUGAUCAACAGUUCUUUGUCCGAACUACGGAAAAUUGGAACAGUUGACGAUAUUUAGAAAUGUUACGUGUGUUUUUUUAUUCUACAGACGUUACGAAACUAUGAACGUGUAAGUCCCUGCAAAAAAUACGCGCUUCUAAACUAAGAAUAUAAUUUAUUACACAGAUAGAUGUAGAAACGUUCACACAGUAGCACAGACGCCCUCGGUGAUCAAAUGUUAUUUUAUAUGGGCGUUAGAACAGUAGCAACUUCCAGGUUAUAUUAUAGACUAUAAACGGAUAGAUAUAGUGAGAAACGAGACAUGGAUCGACCGAUUUGGCAUGUUUCUUGGAUCAUAGUCAUUGUUAUAAUAUUAUCGGCUAUAAUUGAUAGUUCAAUAAAGAUUACGUCCGGUUAUAUCAAAGAAUUUGUACUAAAAGAAAACGUGUGCGUGUCGAAACACCUGUCAGACGUGAUAUCUUAGGCUAAUCUUACGCUAUGCGGAGAAAAAGAGAAGGCAGACAGAAUGGCGUCGUGACGCGUUACGUAACGAAGGGGUUUAUCCUCCCUUAAAGUGAUGAGGAGUUAUCACUUCAAAACUGUAUCUAGGAAUUUUGCAAUAGGUUGCCAAAUUUUUAAAUUCUGUCUAAGUUUUGAUUAAAAAAAAAUAAAAUCUUUGAACAAUGAAAAUUUAGACUGAAUUAGAGAAUAUUUAACUUAUUUUUAUAUAUGAAAAUUAACCGGGCGAAAUUAUGCAGUUUCCAUAAUAUUGGAAUAGGGCUUGAUUGUGCCGAACCAAAGAUCUUGAUUUACUUAAGAUUCUAGUGCUUAUACAUUAUGUUGCGUAUUAUGUGAGGUUUAAUAUUGUUUGAUUUUUAAUAUAUUUACGAAUUUAUUUAGCUUUGCGACGAUUGUGAAUGGUUGCGUAUUAUUAAUACGUAUUUUGAAUUCAUCCAGAAUAGGCAAUUUUUUUAUAAACAAUGUAAAUGAAGAUAGAAUUUCAAAUAUGAAAUUUUUAUUAUUAGAUACUAUAUAACAUUAACACCCAUAUAAGAAAACGUUUCUUUUUAAAUUCAAUUUAAACCAUUUUUCGAAUUAGUUGGUUUAAAGGACCCGUUACAUAAUUAUAUCCAUGUUGUUUAUAAAUUUCAUUGAAAUAAGUUUAAUUCGAACACAGUUCGUCAAAAACGAGUUCAAAAUACGUAUUUGUAAUACACAAAUAAUUCUUUUUAAAUUGUUACUAGAGAGAGUUUUUAUAUAUAAUUUAACGAUCGAAUAAGAAUAUUUAAUAGUCGUAUAUUAAGUAAAAAAUUAUAAAAAUUGUACCGGGAUUAUCAUUUAUUUUGUUAUUUUAAUAAUUUUUAUAUUGUGACGAAUUUUAAAUCUCAAUUAUUGUAAUUCCGAAUUUAUUCACUCCUAACGUUGUAGUGAUGGGUGUGAAUGGUAUGUUUAUAAUUUUAUCGAAAAAUCUCAUCUACAUAUUGUUAUUUUUAUAUGAAGAAAUUGAAAACUGAAUUGUUCACCUAUGUGGUACAAAAUAAUUUAAGAAUUUAAGUUUUAUCAGAAUUCGGGAUCUUUUACAUAAUAUUGACACCUUAUUUAUCGUAUAUUUUGUUUGCAAUAUUACAAAUUUAUCAUAGGUAUUAAUAAAGUAUGAUUGACGCUAAAAACCUGAAGGUAUAAACGUAUUUUUCUUAAGUAAAUAGCACGAUAAUCAAUGUUGGUUAUCUUUAAAUGUAAUUUAAUUUUUGUUCAUACUAAUAUACUGUUUUAUGAUGAAAAAGGCAUUAGCAAUUUAUGUUUUUUAGUAUUAUUCUAUGUUCAAAAAUUUGUCUAACUUCUAUUUGUCAAAAACUAUGUGUUUUUAUUAUUGUCUCAUUCAAUAUUUCACGUUAUUAAGAAUUUAGAGAAUUUGCCUUCUAUAAGAUAUAUUAUUUGCGUCUAGACAUAUAUAAUAUUAAAAAAUCCAUAUUUAUCUUUUGCAUCACAGUCAUAUCAGGGACUGUUGGACUAGGUUCUAUACUCUUCGAUCUUAAGAUCAAUGCAUGUCUUCUGGCCUUUUUAACAGAAUAGUGUCAAAUAUGCGAAUAUAUAUUAAUCGAGCAGUGAAACCUAAUGCAUGUGCCCUAUGGGGUGGGGUAUGCCCCAUAGAGGACACGGGACUUAACAAUCCAAUAAUGACUUCCAAUAUUUUUUAGAAACACAUCAGUUAGAAUAUGUAGAGUCAGCAUUUUUUUUAAAUAACUCCGAUACGCCUAGUUAUACUUUUCGUAGACUGAUCAAUCUUUUGAGGUCUUUUAGUAAAUAAAUUAUUGAAUAGUUAAAAAGAAAAUCAAUCAAAUUGAGCAUAUUACACCAUUUGGCCAUUCCUUAUUUUUCUUUAAUAAAGAUAAUUGGAGGGAACUUUUAGGACUAGCUUUUUAAACUAGCUUUGUGAAAUUGAGAGCAUUUUUAGUAGUUUCUCUUGUGAUUUGUGAGUUAUAAGGAUUUAGCAAUCAGAAUAUCGACACUGACCCCAGUAGCAUAGCGUUUGUAUAGUAUGGAUAUAAUCGAAAGUAUAUAUUUUUGUAACAACACUAUCUUUCUAUAUAUCUCGUUUUAUAGCUUAUAUAUUAAAUACAUUGACAAUAUUUUCAUAGUGCAUUAUAACGUUUAGGUGUUAAAUUAGUUAAUAUUCGUAAUGUGUGAAAAGUACAUGUCAUUCGUGAUGCGAAUGAAUGGAAAGGUAAUAAGGAAAAGAUAAGGGAGGAAUCGACAUAUGUAUUAAUUUGUGCUUUUAAAUGUGACUAUAUUUACAUGAUACGAUAUGUCGUAACGAUCAUAGUUUAGUAUCACAUCGGACAUAUCUGAGAUCCAUCCACACAUUAUCUUAAUUACAUCGUCUAUUGUUCGUCAUCUUCCUUUAUUAUAUUAACAAUUUUAGGGUGUUCUUGAGGUUUUAAGGCUAAUCGCAAAUCUUUCGACUUACCACGAUUUCGAAUAGUAUGUAAUCGAUGGUAUAUUUGUACAAAAUAAGACGAUUGGGCCGAACAAAGAAUUGAUAAUGCUGGAAUUUUAUUAUAGUGAGUAAAGCGAUUUUAAAUUUCUAUAUCAACCAUUGGUCUGUCCGCGUAUCCUUUUCGUUAACCUGACCAGUCCAUCAAUCUUUUCCUUAACCCUUAUCCACUAAAGUUGACAAUCCAUUUGGUCAGACAUAGCCUCUCGAAUGUUAAUGGGCAGUGCUGGUCGCUUACCAUCAGGCUCCAAAGUUGUGACAAGCCAGCUAGUUAGCUACCUUUCCCUCGCAUGUUCGCUUACGGAAAAUUAUUAGGCACAAUAUGCAUAAAUUGGGUUACGUUGAAUUAUUUUUAAUUGUGAAACCCAAUACUGUAUUUUUAAGUUUUCAUUCACUAAAAGUUUGUUUUUUUAUUGGUUAAACAAACAGCCGCAAUGCCAUGUACAUUUCGAUUUGAAUUGUGUAUUGGCUCUUAUAAUAUCGUCAAUUUUCUAUAUCAUAAGCGUAAGUAAACUAGAAAUAUUAAAUUCAACUAGCAUUACAUUAUUUAGCGCGACUAUUAUAUCGUACGUGUAACGUCAUAUUGAUUAAUUCGUCAAAUAGUAAAUCUGAGAUAGUAGGAUACGGUUACCAUUGUAAUAUUAAAGUUUCGUGGGCAUCUGUUGGAUUGAUAUAUACUAAACGAAUCAAUAGACAUAACAAGUAUUUCAAUCUGCAGAUGUGUGGUGAUAUAUAGAAACUUCCGUCUGAUUUCUGACUUUAUGAUUAUAUAAGCGCUUUGCAACGAAUAGGCGAACGUUACGUGUGAAGGUAAUCGAAGAUCGUUUAAGGUGUUAAGGCAAAAUUAUUGCAUUGAUACACCUCACACUUACUACCACAAUAAUGUCUUGAACUUCAAUGGUAUUUUGUUAUUGUUUGUGUAUAUUUUGCUAGCGUCAUUUUAUAUCUAUUAAAUUUCGGUAUAUUCUUGCGCCUGGAUGACUCCGAUGUAAGCGAAAACAUGGCAUGAAAUUGAUAAUUGACAAUACUUUAUACAUUUCAUAGUUUUGAUGGCUGUGAGGAUAUCAAGAUGUAGGUGUAGUUAAGUGAAAUUUGUCUAUUUGGCGGAUCUUUUGCAAAUUGUUAAAUAUCACUUUCAUCCAUUGAUGUUGUGCACGGGCGGAGUCAAUUUAUUAAAGUAACACUACAAAAACGACAUAAUGUGUGAACAUAUGAUAGUUUCUUUGUAAUUAGUAAUGAUUUUGGGGCCAUUCUAGUUACAAGAAAUGAUCCCCUAACGCCCGCCCUGGCUACGCCCGUGAUGCUAUCCUUAAUCGCAACGCGUGAUAAAACAUAUGCAUUUUCAGCAUUCACAAACGAUUCCUUAAUUUUAAACGACUGUUUUAGUUGUAGAUUUAACGGUUGCAUAAAAUUGAGAUAUACGAUAUACGGUGUGUAGGCUCCGACUCUAAAAUGUGAUCUUUAAAUAAUGUGAUGUUUCAGGGUGCACUAAACCGUAGCUUGGCUUCGUUUUAUGACCAUAUUGGAAUGUUCGUACAUCAUGUGGGUAACUUGUAAAUGUUAAAUGUAAUGUUGUUAUGUUGUAAUCAUUCGUAGGAACAAAAUAUGCUGUUUGUUUUGUUGCCGAAUCUAUAUCUAUCUGUUAAUUACUCUGAUUUGGUAUAUUUUUUCCAUAAAUAAUCAUAAUAUUUUGCCAUGUUUUGGUUAAGUGCACUCUUAAUAAAUAGCCAUAUGUAAGAAAUGACUAGAUUUAAUGUCAAAACUGGAUGUGUCUACAGUAUUUUCAACUUUUAACAUAAUUUUCGUAGUAUAAUUACAAUUGCAUAGAGCAUAGAGAAUACGUUCUAAUUGUAAACGAGCAUUUACUUGUGUGUCACAUAACGUCAUUUAAACGAGUCUCGUGAAUGUAUGUUAUAUUGUAUUGUAAUAUAGGUUUAGGGUCGUUGCGCACUACCAGUUUUAUCCAAGUGCACACAAACGAUCUGAUGGAAGCUUUGGUGAAAUUGCGCUAGUGCAUGAAAAUCCUUGUAAAUUUUUAUUUCUCAUAAUAUAUUCCAUUCCUAUUUAUAUCGAACGUAACUAUUUUACCUCAUUGUGUGCUAAACGGAAAUUCUAUUGUUUUAAUUUAUGUCCCACCACCCCACUGAUAUAUUUCUAUUCGCUUUUUAUUUACGAAGGCCUCAACCUGAAAUUUAGAUCAGGAGUUAUUUAUAAAGGUCUGCGGUACUUAAAGUGGUUGUGGCAAAAAUAAUGUAUGUUAUAUCAUAUUAUAUGUAGCUUCGAUCAAUAAUUUUAUGUAUACAUAAAUUUGGUGUUUAAUAUUAAUUGUAAUUGAUUAUAAAAAUUCUGCAAACCCUUCAGGCUGUAUUCGUUUCGUGCAUGUACUUAUUUGGGAAUUGAUGUGUCUUAGCCUUAUUUGUAAGUGAAUGGUAAUUAUAAAUAAACAUUUGAUAAAACUGA